GUGGCUGGCGGAGGUUCGAGUUCCUGGUUUCUCGGCCCGGCUGACCCGAGCACGGCCUCCUCAUGGCUGAGGUGAAAGUGAAGGCACAGCCGCCGGAUGCGGACCCGGUCGAAAUAGAAAACAGGAUAAUAGAAUUAUGUCAUCAGUUCCCUCAUGGGAUCACAGACCAAGUUAUUCAGAAUGAGAUGCCUCAUAUAGAAGCUCAACAGAGGGCAAUGGCCAUCAACAGACUGUUAUCUAUGGGACAGUUGGAUCUCUUAAGGAGCAAUACAGGCCUUCUGUAUAGAAUAAAAGAAUCUCAGAAUACUGGUAAAAUGAAGGGAUCAGAUAACCAAGAGAAGCUAGUGUAUCAAAUCAUAGAAGAUGCCGGAAAUAAAGGUAUCUGGAGCAGAGAUAUUCGAUAUAAAAGUAACUUGCCAUUAACAGAAAUCAACAAAAUACUAAAGAAUUUGGAGAGUAAAAAGCUUAUCAAAGCUGUUAAAUCUGUGGCAGCCUCAAAGAAGAAGGUUUAUAUGCUGUAUAAUUUACAACCAGAUAGAUCAGUAACUGGUGGAGCCUGGUAUAGUGACCAAGAUUUUGAAUCUGAAUUUGUAGAAGUGCUAAACCAACAGUGUUUUAAAUUCUUACAAAGCAAGGCAGAAACAGCUAGAGAAAGCAAACAGAACCCCAUGAUACAAAGAAACAGUUCAUUUGCUUCAUCUCAUGAAGUAUGGAAAUAUAUUUGUGAACUAGGCAUUAGUAAGGUAGAGUUGUCCAUGGAAGAUAUUGAAACAAUUUUGAACACACUUAUUUAUGAUGGCAAAGUGGAAAUGACCAUCAUUGCUGCCAAAGAAGGUACAGUUGGCAGUGUUGAUGGACAUAUGAAACUGUAUAGGGCUGUUAGUCCAAUCAUACAGCCUACUGGCUUAGUUCGAGCGCCUUGUGGACUCUGUCCGGUUUUUGAUGAUUGCCAUGAAGGUGGUGAAAUUUCACCAUCGAAUUGUAUAUAUAUGACAGAGUGGCUGGAAUUUUAAUAGCAAAGUGUGCAUUCUACUCACAUUUUACAAAUUCAGGAAGAAAAUGAAGUUACUUUGCAAGCCAAGAAUGUAUUUAUCAUGAAAUAUUGAAGUUGGUUAUGGUUAAAAGCACACUUCACUAAAAGAGAUACAGACUUCUUACUGUGAAGAGCAUAUUUGUAUUUAUGUAGAUUAAACAUUUUGAUUGACUGGGCCAAAAGUACAUGAUGCAGCUAUUAGAGAUUAAUAAUGAAACCAUUCCUCCUGCUAAUAAAGGACCAGGAAAAUAUAAGGAAUUCACCUACCAAGCUGUCAAGAGGGAUUAUUUUUGAAUGGUUAAGAGGAAAAUAAACUUCAAGAUAAUUCUGACAUUUGCCAAGGACAGAGGUAAUAAAGGGAACUUGAAAUUUCCCCUUCCUGUGUUGCUGCUAGAGGCAAGGAAUUUUGAGCUGACCAAUGCAGAUACUGUGUCUGGUUCAUUACCACCAUUAUCAUUUUUCCCUUCAUCAAUUGAGCAAGAACUUGAAAGCUUCCAGAUGAAAAGGCUUAAAGGUAGUACAAGCAGCAAUAGCAAGCAACUAUUGCAGACUAGGUGGAUAUGUGGAAAGGUUAGGCAUUGUUCCCCAAAACAUUCUAUUUAUUCUCAUGUAAUGCAAUGGAAAAGCAUUUGAAAAGCACUUACUGUUUGGCAAGAACCAUGCUAAGUUCUGAAGACACAAAAGGAAAAGGGAGAUGGUUCCUGCCUUCAAGGAGCGCAUGCUGUAAUUUGGGUAGACAGCACAUAAGGGAGAAUUCAGCUUCAUGGCCAAUGAAAAGGCCAGGAGUCCAACUGACAAAACAGCAGAGCAGAUGGUAAGGCUCUGUGGACCUUGAGGAACAGUGGCAGGGCAGACAGUUUUCAACCAUUGACUGUUGGGAAUGGGGUAGUUGGGUGGGCACAAGGGUUAACAUGGCAUGUCUGGGUUACCUCUACCAGCCAAUAUGGGGAUGGGGAGGAGUAGGGCAGGUUGGCAUCCUGUUGAAAGUGGAUAUCCAUUGUUUGAGCUUGGGAACUGGAAUUUGAGAUUAAGUUGGAAGGUUCCCCAAAGCUAAUUCAUGCUGGCCUUAAUUCAUUAGGUGCUCCUUGUGGACUGAGACAAGUGAUGGUAAGGUCCUCCUUUCCCUGCCAUGGUGGCUGCUAGCAUUGGUCUGUUUUCAGGCCAUCCUAUUGUUGGGUUGGGGUAAGAAAACUUCAAGCCAAAAUAAUGACAGUCACCAAGGGUAUAUGUUUUUUUAAUGUAUAGAUGUUAAUUGCUAUCCUUGUUUAGUAAAAUCAUUUAUUUAAUUUGAAACACUUGCUUUAUUUCAUAGUGUCCUAGGCGUAACUUAAUGGCUCAGUUCCAUUGUUGCCCAUCAUUCUUAUUUAAUGAUAAAUCAUAAUUGCCCUUGGAAAUAUUGUUACAUUUUGGGCUUUAAAAGGGUGGCAGCCUCGAAAAUAAAGCUGGUCUUUCCUCAGUA